CUGAUUUAAGCUUUUUCUACUUUGUCCCGUAAGUCUUCCUACCUUUUUUUCGUUCAACCUAUACAACAAACCAUUCAGCAGAGUAAUGGCCAUCCGCCUGCCUCGUAUUAUUCAAGCUAAGCAAAUCCUAAGACGGUCUUCAAAGGAUGUUUUGAAGGGCUACAUUGCGGUGUAUGUUGGAGAAAGUGAAAAGAAACGAUUUGUGGUUCCCAUUUCUUACCUGAAUCAGCCUGCAUUCCAAGAAUUGUUGAGUCAAGCUGAGGAAGAAUUUGGCUUUGAUCAUCCAAUGGGGGGUUUGACAAUCCCUUGCAGAGAAGACAAGUUCAUUGAUGUGACCUCUUGCUUGAGUUAAAACAUGACUUAGGAGCACUGGUAUGCAAAAUUAGAGAAUAGUAGUAGUUGAUAGCAAGGCACAAUUUUUGUAACGUAGAAAACAGAUUAAUGUUGUACAGUAUUUUCUUCCAUCAAACAGGAGGAUUAUGAAUAAUAGCACCUUCUUAUUCUGCA